UCACUCGGGCCCUCUUCCCCCUUUUGCCCAGCGGUAAAAGAGGCGGACGCCGAUGAGAGGAGGAGGAGGAGGAGCCGCCGCAUCUUGAGGGAGUCGCGGAAGAGAUGACAGCAGAGCCGACGAGUGAAAACAAGCUUAAUACAUUGGUGCAGAAACUUCAUGAGUAUCUGGCUCAUUCAACAGAACAAGGCGAAGAAGCUCCGGCCUCUCCAAAGCAGCGUCAGAACAAGUUUUUAGAUAAAGAAACUGUUAUCAGUGUUGCCGAUAUGGAGCAUAAAAAAGAGGCCUCCAGUCAAAAAUCGAAGUCUUUGGGAUCAUCCCGCUCAAGAAGGAAACCCUCAGUUGUCACGAAACACGUGUCGGAGGAUGAGAUCUCGAAUGAGAAUACUUCAGAUUGUGAAAAUUCAAAGACUAAAGAUACAGAAGAUGAUUUAGAUGUGACUAGUUUGCCAAAAGGCACAGUAGUUGUACAGCCAGAACCGGUAUGGAAUGAAGACAAAGAUAACUUUCGAGGACCUGAAUUUAGAAGCAGAAGUUCAAAGAACAAAAUGGAGACCUCGAAGAAGCGUGGAGGUAGGGAAAGUGCACUGCAAGAUGAAAACCUGCAUGGAAUAGUCAGCUGUACAGCUUGCGGGCAGCAGGUGAACCAUUUUCAAAAGGAUUCAGUUCAGAGACAUCAUGCACUCAAAGUUCUCAUCUGUAAGAACUGCCAUAAAUAUUACCUGAGUGACGACAUAAGCCAAGAUUCAGAUGGUAUGGAUGAACAAUGCAGGUGGUGUGCUGAAGGUGGAAAUUUGAUUUGUUGUGAUUUUUGCCACAAUGCAUUCUGCAAAAGCUGCAUCUUGCGGAACCUAGGCAGGAAGGAGCUGUCCAAUAUAAUGGAUGAAAACAAAAAGUGGUACUGCUAUGUGUGCAAUCCAGAGCCUUUAUUGGAUUUGGUUACAGCUUGUGAUAGUGUGUUUGAGUGUCUUGAUCAAUUGUGGCAGCAAAACAAAAAGAAGAAAGAUCUUGAUAAACUGAAACCAGACGGUGAUAAAUGUAAAUCUCCGGGACCGCAUGAUAGUGACAAGUCUGCAGAUCUUGAAUAUAAAAAUUCUCGGAAAGGAGAUUCCACAUCAAAUUGCAAUGGACAGAAAAAAAAUUUGGGUUCAUUAAAAAACACCUUGUCGGGAUCUGGAGCAAUUACAUACUCGUACAAGGCGCUGAAAGUGCCGAAAGAAAUUCUGAAGAAGGCCCGUAAGCUGAUUGAUACUUCUGCCAACUUGAAUGUCAGUUUUGUUAACUUUUUAAAGCAACAGGAGUUAAAUGAGACUGAGACUAGCACGAAGAUGAGACAGCUAAAGGCUUUCAAGUCUGUGCUUGGUGAUUUAAAGAAAGUCCAUCUGGCGCUAGAGGAAGCUGUGGAUGUUGAGAUUCAGGACUUUGAAUUGCAACAGAAUAAGAAACCGGAGCAGUCGUUGCGAGAGAGUAUUAAAAAAACUGAAAUCGAGAAUUCUAAUAACAGUAGUGAUGAAUCUCCUGAAGACGGAGUUCCAGAGAACUCAAUGGAACCUGCAUCUGAUCAGAUGGAUGCUGUUUCAGCUAAUGAAGGGCAACAGAAAGUGUUGUCCGAGCAGGUUGAUAAGUUAUUGGACUCAAAAAUGCUGGAAGAGGCAGAUGCAGAGGAUUUGCAGGAAAUUUCAGCAGAGCAUGAAUCUGAUCAGAUGGAUGUGUCCACUGUUUCUGAAACACCAGGGAAAACUGAAGACCAACAGAAAAGAUCGCCUAAGCAGUUUGAUAAAUUAAAGCUGGAUUCAAAACUGAUUGCUGCAAAUUCGGACAGUCCAUUAGAUCAGCUGUUGGACAACAGGGAAGAAACUGAUGCUGUUUGUGAAAUUUCACCUCUGGGACUAGAUUCUGAAAUGACAGAAGCAGUAUUACUUAAUACUUUAGAUGUAGCCAUGGACAUGGGUUCAGUUUCUUCGUUGACUGAAGGCUUGUUUGAAGCAAGUGACUCUUUGCUACCAGAUCUCGAUGCAGCCGAUAAUUCUGCAAGCAACAGCACUGUACCCGAUGCUACAUCAGCUAAGGUACCUGUUGAAAGUCCAAAUCAUUCUGGAAGAUCUUCAGAAAUUGAUUCUGAUUCCAGUUUAAGAACCCAUCCUAAGAUAAACCAUAAGCUUUUUAUAAAAUUAACUCCGAUUUCCCCUAAAACCUGCAAGAAAGUGUUAGGGAAGAAAACCUCUGCCACCAAGAGUAAAUGGAGUGGUGCUAAAAGAGAUACAAGAAUUGGAGAUGACAAAAAUGGUAAGACAGGGGUUGGAGAUGGCAACGUUAGUGAUAAUGCAAAAGUUGGAGGUGCAAGGGAUGUGGAUGGCAGCAAUGCCAGUGAUGAAGGAGUGGGUGAUGGCAGUGAUGCAGAAGUCGGAGAUAGCAGUGUGGCUGGGGGUGGCAGUAUUAGUGAUGUGGAGCUUGGAGACGGCAGUGUUGGUGGUGUUGGAGAGGACGGUAUAGGCGGUGGUGGCGUUAACAUUGGAGAGGACAGUGUUGCGGGCGAGGCCAGUGGUGAGGGCAGCUAUGCUGGCGAGGGUGAGGGCAGUGUUGAGGGUGAGGGCAGUGCAGCUGCCGAGGGCAGUGCUGAGGGUGAGGGCAGUGUCGCUGGAGAUGGCAGUGUCGCUGGACUUGGCAGUGUCGCUGGAGAUGGCAGUGUCGCUGGAGAUGGCAGUGUCGCUGGAGAUGGCAGUGUCGCUGGAGAUGGCAGUGUCGCUGGAGAUGGCAGUGUCGCUGGAGAUGGCAGUGUCGCUGGAGAUGGCAGUGAGGUUGGCGAGGGCAGUGUUGAGGGCGAGGGCAGUGCCAUUGCCGAGGGUAAAGGCAGUGUUCAGGGUGAAGGCAGCGUGGUUGGUGAUGGCAGUGUUGUCGGUAGUCUGGUCAGUGACGGAGAGGUUGCUGAUGCCAGUACUGAUGGUGAUACAGGAGUUGGAGAUGGAGAAGCUGAAGAUGGCAGUACUGAUAGGGAUGCAGCAGUUGGUGACGUUAGUAACGGGAGUGAUGCAGGAGUUGGCAGUGAUGGGGACAAGGAGGAUGGUGAUGCAGCUAGCAAUUGUGACGGGAGCGGAGAGGCUGAUAAUGUUGAGGAUGGCUUGACGAAAGAAACACGAAAAGGUAGAACUCAAAAGGGCAAAGUGAAAAUCUCCAAAAAGAAAAAAAAAUCGAGCAAAGAACGAGUAACUGGAGAAGAAGAUCCUGAAAAUGACGCUGGAAAUGAUGCUUCAGUUCUAUCCGAGAAGGCUGAUGUUAGAAGGUCACCUCGAAUAAAAACUACACCUCUAAGGCGUCAAGGUGGUGCAGGAAUUGUAAGUUCUAGAUAUGAAGAAGACACUGACCACAGUAACCAUGCUGGUGUUGGUAAAAAGUCUAGGAAAGUGACAAGGCAAUCUAAGGACAAAGAAAAAGUGGACACUUCAGGGAAAGCGAGGACCAAACGAACCAGGGAAUCCAGUAAAAAUGCAAAAUCUGAAAUGGAAGGAUCUGAUUCUGAUAAAACGGGCAAGAUGUAUAAACCCGCUGAGGAAACUACCACCGACUCUGAUGAGGUCCCGGAAGUAUUGAAAAAGGCCGGAGUGAAGAGCGAAAGUUCAUCCGAUGAUGAAGAUUCGGCCCAGAAAACAAUUAGAAAAACCAGCCUGUUUGGCCUGAGAAAACGACUGCAACAGGCAAGUAGCAACGAGACGCAGAAACGCAAGCGGAAGACCUCAUCUUCGAGCUCGGAUAUUAGUGGGAAGGAGAGGAAAAGAACCAGCAAAAGGAUCAGUGUCGCGAGCAAAAAAAGGCAGCGUUGCUCGGACUCUUCCAAUUACGACUCUGAGCUGGAGAAAGAGAUCAAGAACUUGAGCAAAGUCAGUGCAGCGAAGAAAUCCUCCUCAAAGAAAGGCAAAAAACGGGUGGCGGAAGAGGAUGCAGAUAGUUCAUCCAAGGAUGAAGAGAAAGUGAAAAAGAAAAAGUCUCACAAAGAAAAGAUGGCCAUAUCGAAGCGCAAGAAAAUAGCUGCGAAAAAGGAACAGAGCUCUUCAUCGCCGCCAUCUUCGUCAGGCGGAGACGAGGAAGCUGAUGAGGACAAUCAAGAUUUGGCUGGAGAUGAAAGCAAUGAUGAACAAAAGAUCCAGCCCAUCACAGAGAACGUCAUGAUUGCCUCAGGAUCAAAGUUUUGCCAGUCUUCAGGGGAUGAAGUGGAGGGCCAAUCUCAAAAUGUCACUCAUUGUGCCAGUGAUGAAUAUGAUGAUGAUCCUGAGAAUAGAAUUGCCAAAAAGAUGUUGUUAGCAGAAAUAAGUGCAAAUCUAUCAUCCGGUCAAGAUGGUUCCUCCGACGAGGAAUCUGAAGAAGAAAAGAAGAAGUCGGACAGAAAAAAAGAGGACAAUGAAAAUGAUGAAGAAGACGAGGAAGCUGAGGCUGAUUCUGAUUCUGAUUCGGACUUUGAAAUGACCAAGAAACCACGCUACAGGCAUCGAUUACUGAGGCACAAGCUCACAAUGAGCGACGGUGAAUCUGGAAAUGAAAAGAAGGGAACCAAAGCCAAAGAAGGAAACAAAGAAGGCACCCGAAAGACCAGGCGAAAAGAUAGUAGCAAUGAAGAUACUACUGAUCAGGAGAGUGAUUCUGAUUUCAAGGAAACUGGAUCAAGUGAGGAGGAGGAGGAGGAGGAGGAGGAAAGUGAGUCUGAUGGUAAACGAAAGCGGCCAAGAACCAGAGCUUCGAAGAAAGAGGCGGAGGAAAAUCAGCGUAGCUAUCUUCAGAAAAAGAAAAGGAGGCGAAUUAAAGUCCAGGACUCCUCAAGUGACAAGAGCAAAUCUAAUGAAAGUGGUGAUGGAGGUGAUGAUGAAGAUGACAAUGAUGACUCCAAAUCUCCCGGAAAAGGUCGGAAGAAGAUUCGGAAGAUUCUGAAGAAUGACAAGUUGAGAACCGAAACUAAGAAUGCCUUGAAAGAAGAGGAAGACAGAAGGAAACGUAUUGCUGAUAGAGAAAAAGAAAGAGAAACGUUGAGAGAGGUUGUUGUGGUAGGAGAUACUUCCCCAGUGAAAUGUCCAAUCACCACUAAACUGGUUCUGGAAGAAGAUAAGGAGACCAAAGAAUGUGUGGUCCAGGUCCAUAGAAAUUUGGUGAGAAAACUGAAGCCCCAUCAAGUUGAUGGUGUCCAAUUCAUGUGGGAUUGCUGCUGUGAAUCGGUGGAAAAAUCGUUAAAAGAAGAAGGAUCUGGGUGCAUUUUGGCACAUUGCAUGGGUCUUGGCAAAACACUGCAGGUGGUGACCUUCUUGCACACCAUGUUGUUAUCUGAGAAGCUAGACUUCACCAAUGCUUUAAUAGUUUGUCCACUGAACACAGUUCUGAAUUGGGUGAAUGAAUUUUCAAAAUGGCAGGAAGGAUUGGACGACGAUGAAUCUCUGGAGGUGAAUGAAUUGGCAACAGUUAAGCGUCCACAGGAGCGCUCCUACAUGCUUGAGAGAUGGGCAGAAGAUGGGGGCAUCAUGAUUCUCGGUUACGAAAUGUACCGUAAUCUUGUGCUGGGCAGGAAUGUGAAAAGCAAGAAAAUAAAAGAAAUAUUCCAGCGGACUUUAGCAAAUCCUGGUCCAGACUUUGUUAUAUGUGAUGAAGGACAUAUACUUAAAAAUGAAGCCUCGGCCAUAUCCAAGGCAAUGAAUUCAAUUAAUACAAGGCGGAGGAUUAUCCUAACAGGAACACCUUUACAGAACAACUUGGUAGAAUAUCACUGCAUGGUGAAUUUCAUUAAGGAGAACCUUCUUGGUUCAAUCAAAGAAUUCAGGAACCGGUUUAUGAAUCCCAUUCAGAAUGGUCAGUGCGCAGACUCCACUUUGGUAGAUGUGAGAGUGAUGAAGAAACGUGCCCAUAUCCUGUAUGAAAUGUUAGCUGGCUGUGUGCAGCGAAGAGAUUACACUGCGCUCACAAAAUUCUUGCCACCAAAGCAUGAGUAUGUUCUUUCUGUGAGAAUGAUGCCAAUCCAGUGUAAGCUUUACCAGUUCUACCUUGACCAUUUUACGGGUGUUGGGGCCAAUAGUGAAGGAAGAGGAAAAACGGGAACAAGACUCUUCCAGGACUUCCAGAUGCUCAGUAGGAUAUGGACCCAUCCUUGGUGUCUGCAAUUGGACUACAUCAGUAAAGAAAACAAGGGUUACUUUGAUGAGGACAGCAUGGAUGAAUUCAUAGCAUCUGAUUCGGACGAAUCUUCAAUGAGUCUUACUUCUGAGGAAGAUAAAAGGAAAAAGAAAAAAGGCAAGCGGGGGAAGAAAGACGAUAGCAGCUCGAGGGAGAGCGGCAGCGACAAUAAUGUGGAAGUGAUCAAAGUGUGGAAUUCACGUUCCCGUGGUGGUGGGGGGGAAGCAAGCAGAGAGGCACCGCCGGUUGUGGAAACACCUCCGAUUAAACCAGAAGAAGUGAAGCCCCCCAAUACGUCUAAUCCAGGCAGUCCUGCUGCAGACUGGUACAAGGGAUUCAUCACUGAUGCUGAUGCGGAAAUAUUGGGACAUUCUGGAAAAAUGCAACUUUUAUUUGAAAUUCUACGCAUGGCUGAGGAAAUUGGCGAAAAAGUGCUUGUUUUCAGCCAGUCUCUGAUAUCAUUGGAUUUGAUAGAAGACUUUCUGGAACUUUCAAACCGGGCGAGGACAGAGAAAUCCGGUGAUGAUAAAGAUAGCUGGAAGUGGUACAGAAACAUUGAUUACUAUCGUAUGGAUGGUUCCACAAGUGCACAGACUAGAAAAAAGUGGGCUGAAGAAUUCAAUGAUGAAAGCAAUCCGAGGGGUCGUUUGUUCAUCAUUUCCACCAAAGCAGGAUCUCUGGGGAUAAACCUGGUCGCUGCCAACCGUGUCAUAAUUUUUGAUGCCUCCUGGAAUCCUUCCUAUGAUAUUCAGAGUAUCUUUCGUGUUUACCGUUUUGGACAGAUAAAGCCAGUCUUUGUUUACAGAUUCUUGGCUCAGGGAACCAUGGAGGAAAAGAUAUAUGAUCGGCAAGUAACCAAGCAGUCCCUCUCGUUCCGAGUUGUUGACCAACAGCAGAUUGAGCGUCACUUUACCAUGAAUGAGCUAACUGAGCUCUACACAUUUGAGCCAGACCAGCUCGAUGACCCAAAUUCUGAGAAAAAGAAAAAANGGGAUACCCCCGUGCUACCAAAGGACCACAUUUUAGCGGAGUUACUUCAACAGCAGAAAGAUUACCUUGUGGGAUACCAUGAGCAUGAUUCACUCUUGGACCACAAGGAGGAAGAAGAGCUGAGCGAAGAGGACCGGAAAGCAGCAUGGUCCGAAUACGAAGCGGAAAAGAAGGGACUUUCAAUGCGAACCAAUGUUGCGCCCGGGAUCAAUUUUGCUGCUGCCAAUUUUGGGAUGCUCCCAGCGCAUUUUCCUUUCAAUAUCGCAACAUUGUCCACACUGAGCAACCAACAGUUGGAGGAUCUUAUUAACCAAGGUAGAGAGAAGGUGGUGGAGGCAAGCACAAGUAUAGCAACUGUGAGAUCCGAGCCUCUUGAGGACCUUAUCGCACAAUUGUGGAAAGAGAAUCCCAACUUUAAUGAAGCUCAGGUUCAAGCAGUGGCGCUCAGCAAGCAGGCAAGCCAGGAGCUGGAAAUAAAACGCAGAGAAGCCAUGUAUAAUGAUAUCCUUUCAAAGCAGCAGCUGUUGAUCCGAUCUGUGCAGCAGAUUCUCAUGAGCCGAAGGCAACAGUUCAACCAAUUGGCAGCUCAGCAACAGCAGCAAUAUUCGCUGCAGCGAUCCACACUUCUGAACCAAUACAUGUCUCAAAGGAAUGCUAGCCCAAUGCUCAGUUAUCCGCACAUGGGCAUGAGAGGGUUUCCACACGGGUAUCCACAAGCAGCAGCCGGUAUGCAACCCCCACCUUUGCAGCGGGCACCGCCAACGUCCAUGCAGAUGAAGGGGAAGUCUCCAGGCCCACCACAGCUCAAGCAAGGAAUGAAAAAUUCCAAAAAUUAGAAUGAUAGUUUUAAGGGAUUUUUACCCCAGAGAUAGAAAAGGUUAGUAUUUCUGCCUUUGCUACUACAGUAAGCAAGGACAUUUCCGAACUGGAGAAAGAUUACAAAAUAGCUGUUUCAUGAUUUUAAAAAAAACUGUAGCUUACAGUUGGUACAAUGUACUUCAGAGCACUGAAAUCGUGCUGAGAUAUUCGAACAUAUCUUUGUCGUAAGAGAUUCCAAGGGGAUCUUUAAACGUUGUAUAUAGCCUUAAUAAAUAUGUGACUGGCGAGGAAGAAAGCGCGUUUUCUUCCGCAUAUUUUGCUUUUAAUUCUCCCAA